GUGAUUCUUUUCCUUUUGGUUUUUAUGGCGCUGGGUUACUGUUUAACAUCCCCACCCUACUUUGAGUUUGUUUAGUAAAUCGAUCUAAUGACAGGGCUAUGGUGGCGCCAUCCAAUGUGUCGCUCCAUGAAUUAUAGGCUGCUCAGCUCUUCAACCUUCCCUUUUAAUGUUGUCGAACACCUUUACCAUUUUCCCAUUCUUAGUGUCACUUAGACUAAUGUUGCACUGAGGGACUACUCACUACUGGAGUACAACGGUAUACCUGGAUAAAUGCACAUCCCAGACGGAAACAGAAACACAGACAGCAUGCCGACAGAGCCGAGCCUGCCCGGUCCAGACAGCAGUAAUUGUGCCAUCUGUGGAGACAAAGCCACAGGGAAACACUAUGGAGCCUCCAGCUGUGAUGGCUGUAAAGGCUUCUUCAGGCGCUCCAUACGCAAGAGCCAUGUCUACACCUGCAGGUUUAGCAGGCAGUGCAUUGUGGAUAAAGAUAAGAGGAACCAGUGUCGUUUCUGCAGACUCAACAAAUGCUUCAGGGCUGGCAUGAAAAAAGAAGCUGUACAGAACGAGAGAGACCGAAUCAGCUCCCGAAGAAAUAUCCCUGACUCCCAAGAUUUGCCACCCAUCACUAUUUUGGCCCAAGCAGAAUCACUGUCCCAACAGAUCACUGCUCCAGUUGGAAUAGCAGACAUAUCAGAGCAGAAGACAGCCACUGUUGGGGAUGUUUGUGAUUCAAUGAGACAGCAGUUAUUGGUGUUGGUGGAAUGGGCCAAAUAUAUUCCUGCCUUUGGAGAACUGCCGCUGGAUGACCAGGUGAGCUUGCUUAGGGCUCAUGCAGGUGAACACCUCUUGCUCGGGGUCGUCAAAAGGUCAAUGCCAUUCAAGGACUUCCUGCUUUUAGGUAAUGGCUGUGUGAUUCACAGGAAUAGUCCUGAAUCAGAGAUCUGUCGUGUAGCCAACCGGGUGCUGGAUGAGCUGGUUCAGCCCUUUCAGGAUAUUCAAAUAGACGAAAACGAGUAUGCAGCGCUAAAGGCCAUUGUCUUCUUUGACCCAGAUGCAAAGUCUUUACGGGACCCAUCGAAGAUCAAGGCCAUGCGAUUGCAGGUUCAGAUGAGUCUGGAAGACUACAUUAAUGACCGUCAGUAUGACUCCAGGGGUCGUUUUGGAGAGCUGUUACUCCUGCUGCCCACCCUGCAGAGCAUCACCUGGCAGAUGAUCGAACAGCUCCAGUUCAUUAAGCUCUGUGGUCUGGCCAAGAUAGACAACCUGCUGCACGAGAUGCUGCUGGGAGGUGAAAUGCCACCAUGGGCAAGAAGAGCAUCUGUGUUUUGGAGCAUUUCAUUAAGCCUUACGUCAGAGCCCACACACCUACACCACCCAGCACACACCCAGCUGGCCCAGGACCCUUUGACUGGACACACACUUGUCAUCAGCACUAUGCCUGUCACUCACACUCCGCUGAUAGCCUCUCCAGACACUCCCAUCCCAUCGCCCCCUCAGGGUCCUGCCCCAGAGAAGUACAAACAUUUUCCCCAGCCUCUUUGUCCUCCAGCCAGCCCCUCGCCCUCUCCACAGACAGAUCCCUGACUCCUCUCUGCACUCUGUCAAAGAAGCUGACACAGGAUCAGUUUCCUUGUCCCCCAUUUAUCAUCCCAGUCAUGGUAUAAAAUUUAUGAAAGCGAUGCCUGUUCUGUGUCUGUGGUUAGAUUUUUCCCUGCUUCUUCCCACUGUGGCUCCCGGUGGGGAUGCAAUAACUAAGACAUAAUUGAAGCUGCACUUUCAAACUUCAAACUGUCAUUUUCAAAUUCAGACAACUAAUGAAAUGCCAAAGUAGAGUUUAGCAAAACAUGCUGUGCAUUUUUGUGGUCAUCUAAGCUAAUAUUGGCUUACUGAUUUUCAACUCAGUAUCUCAAUUUUACAACACGCUGACACCAAUAAGGCACAAGCCUGUGGACAUGAUGGCAAUUCAGAUGUAAAAAUAAAUAAAUAAAAUAAAGCCAUCUUAAAACCUUUGAUUUAUUUAAAUUGUAGAUUUUUGUAGAUGUCUUGCUUGAGCCAUUCUUAUGUAUAUUUUUGUCUAUCACUUACAGGCUAUUAAAGUUCUGAUCAUGUAGAUAUGCACAAAAUAUCAUGUAAUAAAAGACUAAAGCAACAGCAAUUGAAAAAAAUAAAUGACAUUGUUAUUGUCUUCUAAAGAACUUCAGAAAUAUUGUUGCUGAUUUUCAGGAUGUGGAUUUUAGAAUAUAGAGUGUAUAGAGGACGUAACUAUUUUAACAGCUGGAUUUGCGGGAAAAAAAGGAUAUUUCAUGUAUUUGUAUUUAAUAAUGUGCCUUGAAUACAUAGAACUUACAUAAUGGAACACAGAUGUCCUUACCAUACGUGUAUUCGGCAGCUUAAACAUAAUGGAUCAACAUGGUAAUAAUAAUAUAAUUUAUAAGCAGUUUUUAAAAUUUCAGUAUCUUAAUAACUUGAUAAUAACAAAUAUUUGGAUCAUGAAUUUAAAAUUU